AGAUAUGAGUGGACGUUUCUAAAGUCCGUUUUCGUUACUUUUAAUUUUUCAAUUCCUCAUGCUGGUUUCGUUGGGAGAUCUGGAGGCGCAUGCCGGCGAGGCGGUGUUCCCGCUGCACGCACUGCAGAUGAACGGCAUGACGAUUGGCUUGGUGCGCGACGCAGCCUUCGCGACCCUCCCGUUUUCUUCGAAGACCUGCACCGAUAGCGUGGUGAACUCCUUCGAAGAGGCUCCACGGUUUCUCGCGCACAGCGAGACCACUCAAAGUGUCGCCUUUCAGUGGUGCGCUCGCGUGGCAUUCUCCAUUUCGUCGUCGGCGGUACGGCACGCACUGCUGCUGCGUAAUCUUUCGAGCAACGCGUCCUGUUUUUACCUAUUAAGCAACAGCGGCAGCGAGCGCGAUUUAGGUGCUGUCAUGGCAAGUGUGGAGGCGCGAGAGGAUUUGUGGGACUCGGCGCCGUCCAAAGGCGCUGGGUGCAGCCAUCUUCACAUCUUUUUCAUGAGUGAGGUUGAGGUGCCGGACACCAUGUCUACCAACCUCAGCGAUUUGCCCGUAGUCUCUACGCCGGGUACUGCAGGUGACGUGACCACGCGGGUCGUGCUCGGCAACUCCCCAGGCGACAUAUGUGCCUGUUUGCGAGAGCUCGUCUCGGCUCUUUUACACGGUGACGACCGGCGGUUUAGGGGAACGGAGGUGUGCUGGCCUGCUGAAUUACUAUUUCCCGUGAACGUGCACACGCGCGACGACGCUGUUCGCCGUCUCGAGCACGCAGCGCUGCUGCUCCCCAACAAGGCCUUGCUGCACCACCAAGAUGCACUACCGAGCUGGUCCACCUGGGCCGACCUCCGGCAGCGAUGGCGGCAGCAGAAGCAGCAACUGCAGCAGGCUUCCACCAACGCACCCAGCUUUCGCACUGGUGAGUCGUGGGAGCGUCAUCUUGUCACCGACCCGCACAAGGCACUGCCUGCCUUCGCAGCCCCGUCGCUGACCGGGGCUGAAACGCUUCUGACGAGCGGGUCGUACGAUUACUAUCAUUACCGCGUGGACGGCUUCCGCGACGACGGGUGGGGCUGCGCCUACCGCAGCCUACAGACCCUCUUGUCGUGGUUUCAACACGCCGGCUACGUGACGGCACCCAUUCCCUCCAUCCGCCGCAUUCAAGAAAUUCUCUAUGCGACCGACCCGGACAAGACGAAAAAGAAGCAGUUUGUGGGUUCGUCCGAUUGGAUUGGCAGUUUUGAAGUCAUGUUAGUGCUGCAGCACUACAUGCCGGGGUUGGACUGCACCAUCAAGCGCCUGGAGAGCGGCGGAGACUUGGAGAGCGACGCCGCGGUGCAACUGCUGCUGAGCGAGCAUUUCCGUAACCCACACGCGGCGCCGGUGAUGAUUGGCGGCAGCAGCUACGCCCACACCAUCCUUGGCAUCCACGUGAACGUGAACACGAUGGAGUCGCGCUACCUCAUCCUGGACCCGCACUACUCAGCCAAUCCGACGCAGUUGAAAACCGCCAUUAAGAAGGGCUUCGUGGGGUGGAAAGAGGCGUCCAAGUUUUUUGAGACGGGCAGCUGGUACAACUUGUGUGUUCCACGAACCGACCUCUACGAUCCUCGCUAG